AUGGAAGAUUUGACAUCAGAAGACUGGGAUGUCACAACCAAUAGUAGUGGUGAGAAGAGAACCAAGAAGGGACACAGAAGAUCUGCAUCUUUAGGUCAACAGGAUCAGUUACAGCUGAUAAGGCAGCGCCUUCAGAAGACCAAAGAAGGCAGCAAACAGACAGAAUUUUCAAAACCACGACAAAGCCCAGUGCCUGCAAACCAUUCUGCAUUACCACCAGCACAGAGUACUUUCACACAACCAAAGUCAAUACCACAUAGCAUUCCAAAACCUAGUAUGCCUAGGUACCAGAGAAACAGUGUAGAGGGACUGAAUACAGAAAUAGAAAAACUAGUUUUGAAGUCCAUUUCAUUAACAGAAGAUGAAGACAAAGUGCAUGCUCAUGAUAUUCCUGAUGGUCACCGUGCCCCUUUACCUGAACAACAGCAUCAACGCCAUCAACAGCUGCGUGGAAGUGUAGUCAUUGGAAUGAACAGUGCUUCUCUCACUUCAAGCACAACCAGCACCCGCAGCUUAUACACACAAACUCCCUCUGAGAGUGUGGAGAUAUCAUCAGCAAGCAGUAGCAAUGAAAGCCAUAGUUGUAGUAGCAAUAGCAGUUCUGUUGCAGGCAGUCGGUCACAGUCAGUGAGCCCAGUGAUGCCCAUCAUCCCAGCUGGUCAUAUAGAGACAUCUCGACCCUCUAGUCAAACUGACAACACAAACAGUGUCCUAAAAGAAACUGAGAAAGGUGACCCUGAUUUGCCUGUGAUUGCAUCUCCAGAACCAAAGUUUGUAUCCAGUCCCAAACCAAAUAUGUCCUAUUCCUUUGCAAGAGAACCACCAGAUGGUUGCGAAAGAAUCAGAGCAACUUGUGUCGAAAGUGCCAAGUAA